UGGCGUAAACCGAGGAAGCGCGGCAGAAGAGGCGGGGUGCGGGAACGCGUGAGGCGGCUUCACCUGUCUCGCAUCCCCGUGCCUUCCAUCAUACUAUCAAACGCCCGAUCCCUCCGCAAUAAGACUGACGAGCUGCAGGCUCUUGUCCGCUACCACCACGAGCUCAAAGAGGCUUGCAUCCUUGCCUUCUCGGAGACAUGGUUCGGGGAGAAGGACGCCAACGGUGACUUGGCCAUAGACGGGUUCGGGGUCCCGUUUCGCACCGACAGAGCGGCUGCAACAACAGGGAAGUCAUGCGGAGGUCAGACCAGCCUGAGGAGCAGCGCCCACCCGGCCACAGUUUGUCCAACUCCAAGUUAGGGCUCCAGGGGCUCGAGGAGGAGGAAGAGGAAGUGGAGGGUGAUGACGAGGAGGAGGAGGAGGAGGGCAGCCUGACGGAGAAGUCCCACGACGAGGCGCCAGAGUCUCCGUUGCCUGUCAUAAGAGGAGUGUAUGAAGAGGAUGAUGAGGAGGAGGAAACGGAGACGGCUCCAUUAGGUAUGAGCUAUGAACACACUCGCAGGCUUAUGCAAUGAUGCUGUCUCUCUCUGAGAACAACCCUUUGCACGCGCCCUCCCAGAACUCUCUGGAAGCUUGGCUGAGCAUGGGAGGUGGACCGUCUGAGACGAGCAGCUUUCACCCACUCAACCACAUCUAAACAAAGAGAUACAGAUAGAAGGUGGGACGAGGAGUGGGAGGAACUUUAGUUUCACAAACGGAUAGGAACAAACAGACUGAGUGGACGCGAGUUGUGCGAAGAAGGGGAGACCGGACAAGAGUUCAUCGUCACAUACAUUCAAGAUAGAGGGAAUGAGUUUGUGUGGUUAUGUUCGCGUUCACUUGUUUGUGUGUUUGUGUGAAUGGGAUAGGCGAAGGAAAGACUGUCCCUGGAUGAGGGGGGUCCUGCAAGACUCUGUCCAAGAGAAAGCACUGCUAAGCUCCUGUUGAUGUGAAGGACUUGAUGAAUGCUUCUCAACAAGCAUCCAAACUCUGCAUAACUCUGAUCCUCCCCAAGUGCACAAGGCUCACUGCAGCAUCACAGACACCCCGGAUAAGGCGCUCAUAAAGACACUUAAUGACCGACAUGUCUCUAAAGUCUGUGUACAACGCCUAUGAAAAGGAUUGUAGCAUUGGCACUGUGUUUCCACAAGGUGGCACUGUUCGUGCAGGAGCACAGAGCUCCUGCCAGCAGUCCUCUCCCAAGUUUUCCCAUCAAUCAUGGGUGAUCGAUCUUAUUUCAGUUUAAUUGCAGAAUCAACAAUAGCAUCACAUUAAAUACUCUGAUCCAGUAGGCACUUGAUUUUUUAUUUCAGUGAUUACAUGAAGAAUAAUGUCCAAUGUUCAAAUGUGCUUUUAAUGAGCUAUCUUGGCCAGUCGCCAUUGUAAUUGGUUAUUAAAUUUGAUCAUGGUGAAGAUUAAUUUAAAUCAUCCUAGAAAGAAAGGUUCAUUUUUGUUUAUCACAUCAUCAUUUUUCAAUUGUAUUUACUUCCUUUCUCAUUAGAUACCACAGUAUUGUUUCUUUGUAGGCACCACAGUGCUAAAUUGUUAAUAUAAUUAUUUUAGAGAAGGACCAAAAUUGUAUGAUACUGUCAUAUGAUGUAAAAUAUAACUUAGAUGUUCAUAGCAAGAGUGGUUUGUGCCAAAUAACCCAUAAAGAUGUUUUGUUCUCUGACAA